GCAAGCCUCCAGCAUCAACACCCUCUUCACCGAACCUUUCCCUUUCUAGAUCGCUUCCAGCAAGUUAGGCGCCUGGCUUGCGGGAUCUUCCUUACUCACGAAUUCCUCCUCUCUUUAAUCACGAGCGGCGUUGGUACUGGUUGAUGAGGUGGCACAUUGGGAUCGCAAUCACUCGUAGUUAUGGCUCCUCUACCCAUUAAGUUCGCGGAGCUGCUGCAGCUCACCGCAGUUGACAUUCUUCCGGCGUCGAUUGGUUUCAACUCAUGCACGCUCGAGUCCGACUCCUUCAUUUGCGUCAGGCAGAAGGCCGACGAAUCUGCUUCGCCCGAAGUCAUCAUAAUCGACCUCAAGAAUGGCAACAACAUCAUCCGGAGGCCUAUCAAGGCCGACAGCGCCAUUAUGCACUGGAACAAGCAGAUCAUCGCGCUCAAGGCGCAACAACGGACACUGCAGAUCUUCGAUCUCGGCGCUAAGGCGAAGCUGAAGUCUACGACCAUGAACGAGGAUGUCGUGUUCUGGAAGUGGUUCAGCGAGACGAGCCUAGGUCUUGUUACGGAGAACUCGGUCUGGCACUGGAACAUUUUUGACCCUAACCAGGCGACGCCGGUGAAGAUAUUUGACAGGAAUCCUACCCUUUCGGGCUGCCAAAUCAUCAACUACCGCGUUAACGCGGAAGAGAAGUGGUCGGUAAUUGUUGGUAUCUCCCAGCAGCAGGGCCGCGUCGUCGGAGCUAUGCAGCUCUACUCGAGAGAUCGCGGUAUCAGUCAGAACAUCGAGGGCCACGCGGCAGCAUUCGGCUCGAUCCGUAUGGAGGGCGCACCAGCAGACACCAAGGUCUUCACGUUCGCCGUGCGGACAGCGACUGGCGCGAAGCUUCACGUCGUCGAAAUCGACCACCAGGCCGGAAACCCCACGUUCCCCAAGAAGGCCGUCGACGUCUAUUUCCCCGCCGAAGCCACCAACGAUUUCCCCGUCGCGAUGCAGGUCUCUCAGAAGUACAACAUUAUCUACAUGGUCACCAAGUACGGCUUUAUCCACCUCUACGACCUCGAGACCGGCACCUGCAUCUUCAUGAACCGUAUUUCGAGCGAAACCAUAUUCGUCACCGCCCCCGACUCGGAUUCAGCUGGUAUCGUUGGUGUCAACCGCAAGGGUCAGGUCCUGUCCGUGCAGCUGGAUGAGAACACGGUCAUUCCGUAUCUGCUUCAGAACCCCGCGAACGGCGAGUUGGCGUAUAAAUUGGCCUCCAGGGCGGGUCUCCCGGGUGCCGACAACCUGUACCAGCAGCAAUUCGAGAACCUGCUCGCAUCUGGACAGUAUGCCGAGGCGGCCAAGACCGCCGCGAACUCUCCCCGUGGCUUCCUCCGUACUCCUCAGACCAUCGAGCGCUUCAAGGCUGCGCCUGCUCAGGCUGGACAACUUUCGGUCAUCCUGCAAUACUUCGGCAUGCUCUUGGACAAGGGCAAGCUCAACCAGUUCGAAACCUUGGAACUUGUCCGGCCGGUAUUGCAGCAGGGCCGCAAACACCUUUUGGAGAAGUGGCUCAGUGAGGGCAAGCUUGAGUGCUCGGAGAACUUGGGUGACAUCGUCAGGCUGCAUGACCUGGGCCUGUCCUUGACCAUCUAUCGCGAAGCUGGCGCUUCUCAGAAGGUCGUUGCUGCGCUGGCAGAACUGGGCAGAUUUGAUGAGAUUCUGCCUUACGCAAAGGAGAGCGGCUAUACUCCAGACUUCACUGUCCUUCUUCAGCACAUUGUCCGUGUUAACCCCGAGAAGGGCGCUGAGUUUGCUACGGCCCUGGCCAAGGAAGAGUCCGGCCCUCUGGUUGAUAUCGAUCGUGUGGUGGACAUCUUCCAGUCUCAAGGCAUGGUGCAGCAGUGUACCGCUUUCUUGCUUGAUGUGCUGGCGCCUAACCUGCCUGAGCAAGGGCACCUGCAGACCAAGUUGCUCGAGAUGAACCUCUUGAACGCACCGCAAGUUGCUGAUGCGAUUCUUGGCAACGAGAUGUUUUCGCAUUACGACAAGCCGCGCAUCUCGCAACUCUGCGAGGGUGCCGGCUUGUUGACAAGAGCUCUGGAGCACAACGAGGAUCCGGCAGCCAUCAAGCGCAUCAUUGUCCAGACUGACAAGCUUCCCGAGGAAUGGCUCCUCAACUACUUCGGACAUCUCACCGUCGAGCUGUCCAUCGACUGCUUGGACGAGAUGCUCAAGGUCAACAUCCGCCAGAACCUCCAAGCGGUCAUCCGCAUCGCCCAGAAGUACUCCGACUUGCUUGGUCCCACUCGCAUCAUCGAUCUCCUGGAGAAGUACCGCACUGCCGAGGGUCUCUUCUUCUACUUGGGUGGCAUCGUUAACCUUAGCGAGGACAAGGACGUUGUCUUCAAAUACGUCGAGGCUGCUACGACCAUGGGCCAGCUCAACGAAGUUGAGCGCAUUUGUAGGGAAAACAACUUCUAUGAUCCCGAGAAGGUCAAGAAUUUCCUCAAGGAGGCCAGGUUGACGGAGCAGCUUCCGCUGAUUAUUGUCUGCGAUCGCUUCAACUUCAUCCACGACCUCGUCCUCUACUUGUACAAGCAGCAGCAGUUCAAGUCCAUUGAAGUUUACGUUCAGCGCGUCAACCCCGCCAGGACCCCUCCCGUCAUCGGCGGUCUCUUGGAUGUUGACUGUGAUGAGAGCAUCAUCAAGGGCUUGUUGAUGUCUGUCAACCCUGCUUCUAUCCCCAUCGACGAGCUCGUGGCCGAGGUUGAGACUCGCAACCGCCUGAAGCUUUUGCUGCCCUUCCUUGAGGCUUGCUUGGCUAGCGGUAACCAGCAGCAGGCCAUCUUCAACGCUCUUGCGAAAAUCUACAUUGACAGCAACAACAACCCCGAGAAGUUCCUGCGUGAGAACGACAUGUACGACACCUUGACUGUUGGUAAAUACUGCGAGGCCCGUGACCCGAGCCUGGCCUUCAUUGCCUACCAGAAGGGCCAGAACGACCUGGAGUUGAUCAACAUCACCAACGAAAACUCCAUGUUCAAGGCGCAGGCCAGAUAUCUGUUGGAGCGUGCGGACCCUGAGAUUUGGGAAUAUGUCCUCAGCCCGAACAACCUGUUCCGCAGGUCUGUUGUUGACCAGGUCACCGCCACUGCCGUUCCGGAGUCUCAGGACCCUGACAAGGUCUCUAUUGCUGUCAAGGCCUUCAUUGGCGGCGACAUGCCCACUGAGCUCAUUGAGUUGUUGGAGAAGAUCAUUCUUGAGCCUUCUGCCUUCAGCGACAACCCGACGCUGCAGAACCUUUUGAUGCUCACGGCCGCUAAGUCUGACCGGGGUCGCAUGAUGGGUUACAUCCAGCAGCUUGAGCACUACACUCCCGAAGACAUUGCGGCGCAGUGUAUCGAGCUUGGCAUGUACGAUGAGGCGUUUGAGAUCCACAAGAAGCACAACAACCACGUUGAGGCUGUUAAUGUCCUUGUUGAUCACAUCGUCAGCAUUGACCGUGCUCAGGAGUACGCCGACCGUGUCGAUCUGCCUGAGGUCUGGAGCAAGGUCGCCAAGGCUCAGCUCGAUGGUCUGCGUGUCAGUGACUCGAUUGAGUCUUACAUCCGUGCUCAGGAUGCAACCAACUACAACGAGGUCAUUGAGAUUGCGACUCACGCCGGCAAGGACGAGGACCUUAUCAAGUUCUUGAGAAUGGCCCGCAAGACCAUGCGCGAGCCUCCUAUCGAUACCGGUUUGGCUUUCUGCUAUGCCAGGACCAACCAGCUUUCCGAGCUGGAGGAUUUCCUGCGCUCCACCAAUGUUGCUGAUGUUGAGGCUUCUGGUGACAAGGCCUACGAGGAGGGUUACCACGAGGCUGCCAAGAUUUUCUUCACCAGCAUUUCCAACUGGGCCAAGCUCGCCACUACUCUCGUUCACCUCGAGGACUACCAGGCUGCUGUCGAGUGCGCUCGCAAGGCCAACAGCACCAAGGUCUGGAAGCAGGUCAACGAGGCGUGCGUUGCUAAGAAGGAGUUCCGUCUGGCCCAGAUUUGCGGUCUCAACUUGAUCGUCCACGCUGAGGAGCUGCAGGAUCUUGUCAAGCAGUAUGAGAGGAAUGGUUACUUCGACGAGCUUAUCUCUUUGCUCGAGGCCGGUCUUGGUUUGGAGCGUGCUCACAUGGGUAUGUUCACCGAACUUGGCAUUGCUCUUUCCAAGUACCACCCCGACCGCGUCAUGGAGCACCUGCGUCUCUUCUGGUCCCGCAUCAACAUUCCUAAGAUGAUUCGUGCUUGCGAGGAGGCGCACCUGUGGCCCGAGCUGGUCUUCCUGUACGUCCACUACGACGAGUUCGACAACGCUGCGCUCGCCAUGAUGGAGCGUGCUGCCGAUGCAUGGGAGCACCACUCCUUCAAGGACACCGUCGUCAAGGUGGCGAACUUGGAGAUCUACUACCGCGCGUUGAACUUCUAUCUCCAGGAGCAGCCUUCGCUCCUGACUGAUCUCCUGCAGGCACUCACUCCCAGGGUUGAUGUCAACCGUGUUGUUCGCAUGUUUGAGAAGUCUGACAACAUCCCUCUGAUCAAGCCGUUCCUGCUCAACGUCCAAACGCAGAACAAGCGUGCUGUCAACAACGCUAUCAACGACUUGCUCAUCGAGGAGGAGGACUACAAGACUCUCCGUGACUCUGUCGAGAACUAUGACAACUACGAUGCUGUGGAGCUGGCACAGCGCCUGGAGAAGCACGACCUUGUCUUCUUCAGACAGAUUGCUGCCAACAUCUACCGCAAGAACAAGCGUUGGGACAAGUCCAUUGCUCUGUCCAAGCAGGACAAGCUGUUCAAGGAUGCAAUCGAGACUUCCGCUCUGUCCGGAAAGGCAGAUGUUGUCGAGGAGCUGCUCCGCUACUUUGUCGACAUUGGCAGCCGCGAGUGCUACGUUGGUAUGCUCUACGCUUGCUACGAUCUCAUCCGUCCCGAUGUCAUCCUGGAGAUCUCGUGGCGCAACGGCCUUAACGACUUCACUAUGCCAUAUAUGAUCAACUUCUUGAGUCAGCAGGCCGCUGCCAUCGAGCAGUUGAAGAAGGACAACGAGGAGCGCAAGACCAGGGAGCAGUCUCAGCAGAAGAACGAGGAGAGCACGCCCAUCCUGGGUGGUUCGCGCCUCAUGCUCACGCAGGGCCCGAUGUCGGCCGCUCCCUCUCCCGCGCCUUACGCCAACGGCAUCCCGCCUCAGGCCACUGGGUUCCGCGGAUUCUAAGCAGUGGCUGUGGAGCACGAAUGAUUAUUUGAAGGAGGUGCGCAGGGGUCGCUCCGGGCCGGCAUGAUAUACCCUUCAUUACACAGGGCUUAGAGCUUUCGGCUCGGCACAGCGAGGGGCUGGCUGGCUGGGUUGUAUUGAUGAACGAGCGUUGACGAAGGAUGGAAUGACUUUUGCAUUGUGCGAAAAGAGCUUAAACCUUGUAUUCUAAUUUUCGGUCCCCAUACGGGAUCCACCGCGACUUGCAAUUUGACUUGUACUCUGACG